UUAAAGUUAUAAUGCUCAAUAAAGCAAUGAUUUUAAAACUACAAAAUACUUGAUGAGAAAAGAAAAACGUUCAUGAACUAAAAUAGAGAUAUGGAUAUUGGAAUCGGGGAUGCUGAAACCUUUUGGAGAAACCAAGCUAGCAUUGAGGCUACAAAGAAUGUUGAGCUUCGGUAUCAGCAGGGGAAUGGACCUUGCAAUAUUUUUAUUUUGGAUACUUCUAAAAGUAUUGGCGAAGAGGGUUUCAAUCAAAUAAAGGAUAUAUUUUCUACAAUUAUUAAUGAGUUUGCUGAUCAUCCACAGGAAGAUGAGAACAUCACUGUUAUUGUUUGUGGAAAAAUCACGAGAUUUCAACAUUAUUAUUCAAAUCGUUACUCUGAAAUCAAAAGCUGUCUAGAAGCGUUAGAAUAUGGGGGACUCUCUCCACUGACAGCGGCGUUUUUAUUAAGCAUUGGAGCCCUUGAAUCUGGCUACUCAAAAGGAAUAUGUGAAUUCAAAGUUCGACCACGAAUUAUUCUGAUAUCUGAUGGGAGACCAACAGAUUUCCACAUAUUUUCUGAUGAGGAGGAUUCGCCUUUUUUUCAAACCUUACAGGCAAAGGAUCAUCUUCACCAUGUGGUGAAGCAGCUAGGAAGGCAGCAUCCAAUCUUCUGCAUACCUGUAGGGAAAAAUCCAGAUGUGGCAUAUCUGAAAUAUUUAAGUUCACAAGGAGGAAGGGUCAUUCACCCACAUGAAGUUAAACAGAUUGCAAGAUUCACUCAAAAUCUGAGAGCCACGGCAUUGUUAUUGGUCACACGAAACUUAUACGGAAUUAAUAGACAAACCCUCGACUCACUAUUACAAUCUAGCUUCCCCGGGACAAUGUUUUCAGAUGAAGACAAG